UCCUCUUCCUCCUCUCUCCAUCUUGUGCGUACCGGCUGUUUCCUCCCCCCUCUUUCUCCCAGUCUGCGUGCUGUAGUCCUGCCGUGCAGUCCUCUCAGACCUCUGUUGUAGCACCAAAGGGAGGAGGAGCCACCAGCACACAAACACACACACACGCACACACGCAUACUGCCACAGACACACACGCUCACUCCCGUCAUCUCUUCUGCACGCUCGCUGUAAUCACCAGACAGGCCCGUUUGGAGCAAGGGAGCCCAGCCGUCUCGUUGCCAAGGAUGGAUGUAUUUAUGAAGGGGUUCUCCAUGGCCAAGGAGGGUGUGGUGGCCGCUGCAGAGAAGACCAAAGCCGGCAUGGAGGAGGCAGCAGCUAAGACCAAGGAAGGGGUGAUGUAUGUAGGCAGUAAGACAAAGGAGGGAGUUGUGUCUUCAGUAAACACAGUGGCCAACAGGACCGUGGACCAGGCCAACAUCGUGGGAGACACAGCGGUUGCCGGUGCUAAUGAAGUGUCCCAGGCGGCCGUGGAGGGGGUCGAGAAUGUCGCCGCGUCGACCGGGAUGGUGAACCAGGAGGAGCCUGUAUACGAGGGAGAAUAUGGGGGGAUGGAGCAGGGUGGAGAAGGAGGAGAGGGGUACUAGUCGUCUGCAGGACCUUCCCUCCCGUGCUCUUCGGUGUCCCUUCGCUCCCCUCGCCUCGCUGUACCAGACUUCAGAUGUUCUUAUUUUUUUGUGACUUUACAGAAGGAAAAUCAACUAAAAGGGACACUACCGGAUACCGCACCUAUGCCCCCGUGUCUCCCCGUGUGAUCUCCGUGAUGCCUCUCCCCCAGCAGCUCUCUGCCACCUGUCCUCACGCCGUCUCCUCCCCUUUGAUUUCCUGCAGCUUGUAGCUUUUCCUCCACUGCCCGUCGUACCCUUGCCUCACCUGUGUGUUAGUGUCCACCUGAUAUGAAGCCUGGUGUUGUUACAGCCCCUACGGCCACCAACCGAUGGGGAAACCUCGCACGCAAACACACACGUACAAAAAAAGACACCUUCAUUCAACACGUGCAUGGAACACGCAUACAGUACAUACCGCAAAUGCACAGAUGCACACCCUGGGGCAAACGUGUUAACUGUAGGACCUGGUUGCAUAAAUACAGGUUUGCCUCUGCAGUCCAUGACAAUGACAAGUGACUGAGGCAGGACAUGAGAGGUUGUGUGAUCUGCUUUUUGUGUGCUUGUGUGUUAAUGUUAGCUUAUACAUGUGUGUGUGGUGUGUGCAUGUGUCUCCAGAGGCUUGUACAAGGAAUCGUGCAUUGAGGACAGAUAUGUGUCUGUUUUGUGUGCAGUAGUUAGUAAGCUGCAGUAGACCGCAUGAACAGAUGUGUAGGAUGACUCGUCGUGUGUUGUAACUAUAGACUAGCAGUUGUUCUGUGUAGCUUUGUAUGGCUUAGUGUGUGUUUGGCCUCGACGUUUAGAAGCAGGGUCAAUAACCAGGAAGCAAUACUCAGUGCUCGUUUCUCCUCAGCUGUUGGAGCAGAAGCUUGGGUUUUGUUUGUGUUGCAUGAGAAAACAAGUGCAGUUGUUACACAAUCUGGAUCUAUUAUGUUAAAGGUCUGUGGCUGAAUUAAAGGGAGACACUAUUAUAUUAUACCAGAUUUUGAUUCUGAAAUUCGCAUUAAAGGGGGAGAUGUCAGUGAUUCCCCCAAACCAGUGUUGCUCCAACUUUUUUUGGUUUGGUUUUGUCAUUCAAAACACAUACUGAAUUCCUGGUGAAAUUACCUAAACGUCUUUCAAUACAUCAAAUAGCUUUAAUGACGAGUUAAAAAUAGAUACAGAAAAUAUGACCAUUAUUUUCAAAUAGUAAGCUACCACAGAAAUGUAAAUUAAAAGAGAAACCUGAAAAACCUUUUCAGUGACUUCAGUGAGCAACCGAUCACCUCUUGUUGUUGUGUAGUUGCUUUUUGGUCUUUGUGCGCUGGUUUGCAUGCCAUCAGGAGAAACAGAGCAGUGUGGAAAUGAGUCUCUUUGUUAUUACAAUUUCUGUGAUAAAUAGCAUUGAUUCGGUUGGGGAACGAGUAUACUGAGAGAACGAAGGUUUGGCUUUUUAAUCAAGUAUUACCUUUAUGUGUAGUUCUGUGUGUAAAUUAUGGGAUGUGUACUUGUUUUAAGGGUAGGGGUUUCAUAUUAUUAUGAAAUUAUUAUAUUUCGGAACUGGUCUGAACUUUGGCUGCUGUGAGCGUCCCGACCAUCAACCGUCUCGGCCAAUCAGAGGAUUCCAUUCUCCCCUCACGCCACCUUUCACUGCUCAUCUGCCCGGCAUCAAUGUGUGUGUCUGUAUGUACUGUAUGUGUGUUGAUGUGUUGUGUUCAGCCAGCAAAGCGUGUGCGUGUUUGUUCUGGAGCAGGUUUGUGUGUUUUUACUUUGAGGCCAACUGAUGAAACUGAUGACUGCAUGUUGCCUUAUGAAGCAAUCUGACAUUCACAUACAUGGUCAGGCUCCCACGAAGACUACACAGUGCACAACACCUACCAACACACACACAUCACACUCUAAAUAACACGCAAUCCCAAAUACACAAAUCACAUACAAUGUUUAAGUUGGCAUCAAAGCAGAUUCGCUGAUUUUAUAAACAGUACCAGUGAAAUUAAAAAGGUUUUGUUGAAAUCCA